AUGCAGUUGUUCGUGAUAACGACAGCGUUGCUGCACAUCGGUUUGUGCGACCAUGUGGCUAUCAGGAUGCCGUACUUGAACCCGGCGGGGGUGACCUAUGUGAACGACUUUCAGGAAACACCUCUUGCGUACGCUUCUGCUACACCGUUACAGCCGAUCGCGGCUCAUCUUCCUGUGGCCGCAAACAUUGAAACGCAUCACGUUGGAUAUGCAGCCGCCCAGGUGCCCGCAGUAGCCGCGGUGCCUUUCGUCAAGCAUGUGCCAACAUUGUCACAAGUACCGGUCACUACGAUAGAAGAUCAACAUGGUUUACUACAGAAGGAGGUUGACGUAGUAAAGCCUGCGGUUAGCACUCGGAAGGUCGAGGUACGUCGUCCAGCGAUUCAAAAACAAUUCUACGACAUUGAAGAACGAGUAAUUGUUCGUCCAGCUGGAUCAGCCGUAGUCGAGCUUGACGAGCCGACGUCCAAAGUACAGAAGGGACCAGCCGUGAUCCAAUCUCUGACUAACAAUCUGGAGUAUCUGGCUUAUCCUCAAGUUUCUAGUAUCUACGCUCAUGCCGGUGCCAUCGCUGAUGCACCAGCCGCACCAGCUGCCAUCCCCGUCAUCUCCCAUGCACCGGUUAUUCACGCGACGCCGUCACCUCUGUUGCUCCCUUCGUCCUCACCUGCACCGAUCACUUCCGAGUCUAACAGCUUGGAGGACGAAGCUAUUGUAGUUGAAAAUCCCAACUUUCGUAAGGCUGUCAAUCAGGCGCGCCUUUCUCAGGUUUACACUUCUAAGCCUCGUGUGAUCGCUAAAUCGAAUGGCACACCCGUGGAUGUCGCACAAUUUAUUGCUCACGAUCUUUCGCCAGCUGUGAUACCUAGUCAAAAGCUCAGUGCCGAGAAUAAUAAAAUCAAUCAAAAUAGAUUGAUUGAGCUUCUAACUGCUCGUGGCGGUGUCGUUGAAUUGGGUUUUGCUCGCGACGAUACAACUGGAACACUAAUUGGAGAUGCCGGGCACGUGCGGGCACGUGUUCUCUCCGCGACGCCGACUCCGGAACACGCGGAGCCAUCCGGAGAACGUGUUUCCACACGUCGUAUUGUUGUCAGCAGACCAAUCGAAACUUUCCUAGAAUACGAUAUCGUGGAGCCCGCCACAAAGAUUGAAAAAGUUUCCGUGCAACAACCUACCUUGAUUAAGACCGCUCGUGUAGAUCACGUGCAAGUGCAUGGAUCCAUACCGAUUGUUGGAAAAGCCCUUACGCCCGCAGUGGCUCACGCAGCAGUUCCAGUUUAUCAAAAAACCAUUUCUCCGGCAUUCUAAUGUAUUUUCAUGCAAUGGAAAAAUUUACUUUGAUUUGUAAAAAAUUUUUAUUACAAUGAUUUUGUGAUAUUUUUUGCGAAAAAAAAGAAAAAGAUACAAAAAAUAAGUCUCGAAGCUCUUUCUAGAGUAAUAAGAAGUUACAUUUAUUAAUUAAAUAAACAAAUAUUUUCUACUAAUUCUU